AUGGUAGAAUUGGUUCUUGUUCAGAGAUUUGAAGGAUUUGCAGAGGAUGUUUUUGGCCCGGUUGUCAAGGGAAAUACCCAGAAAGUUAACGGGAAAGAUGUCACAUUUUUCUUCUGUAAAGACUCUCCUCCUCCUUGGUUCGAUGGCAGUAUUCUAGGAGAUUUUGGAUUCGACCCACUUAGAUUAGGAUCUGAUCCGGAACUGCUGAAAUGGUUUGCACAAGCUGAGCUAAUACACAGCAAAUGGGCAAUGCUUGUUGUGUCUGGAAUUCUGAUUCCAGAAUGGCUAGAAAGUCUGGGUCAUAAAAUAGUGGUGGUGGAAGCCGACGGCAAUUAUGUCCAACCCUUUGCCGUCCCGGACUUAGAUAUUUACUCCGGCGAGAGUUAUUCAGUGCUCUUAAUCGCCGAUCAAAACCCUAAAGAGAAUUACUGGGUUUCCCUGAGCGUACGAGGAAGACUACCCAAAACUCCACAAGCCCUAACCGUCCUUAACUACAUCACCAACCACGCAUCCAAGGUUCCAUCCACUCCACCUCCGGUCGCCCCACUUUGGAACAAUUACACCCAUAGCAAAGCCUUCUCAAACAAGAUCUUUGCCCUGAUCGGCUCCCAAAAACCUCCGAUUCUCGCCCGCCGUAGAAUCUCACUCCUUAACACCCAAAACAAGAUCAAUGAUUACACCAAAUGGGCCAUCAACAACAUCUCCCUUGUCCUCCCUUCCACUCCUUAUCUCGGCUCCAUCAAAUACGGACUAACCCAUAAUUCCUUGGAUUACAAACAACCUCCCGAAACCUUCCCAAUCGAUUACGACAUCAUGGUGCCAGCGAAAAACCCUAAUGCAACUCACGGAAGCGGCGUGUACACGUUCAGGCAGAAUCAUGUGAUCGACAUCGUCCUUCAGAAUUCGAAUGCAUUGAAGGCAAACGAGAGUGAGAUCCAUCCAUGGCAUCUCCAUGGACACGAUUUCUGGGUUUUAGGGUACGGAGAAGGGAGGUUCGAUGAGCGGAAUGUGAAGGAUCUAAACCUAAAGAACCCGCCUUUGAGAAACACGGCGGUGAUAUACCCCUACGGAUGGACUGUGUUGAGGUUCGUUGCAGAUAAUCCGGGAGUGUGGGCUUUUCAUUGCCAUAUUGAACCUCAUCUGCAUAUGGGCAUGGGGGUGAUCUUUGCCAUCGAUGUGCAUAAGGUCGGGAAUGUUCCACGCCAGGCUCUCGCAUGUGGGUUGACGGCUAACAUGUUCUUUGAGAACAAACCCUAGCUAGCUUGUUACCCGACCAUCUUUAAUUUAUUAAUUAAUUAUCAACCUGCAAGU